UAAAUUGGCGGGAGAAGAUGAAACCAGGAAGUAUUUUGAAUAAUCCGUCGUGUUUGUUGUCAACUUGUCUCGUAGAUUUUAUUACCGUGAAACAAAAGCAAACCUUCAAUAUGGCUGAUGAGGUUUCCAACUUUACAGGGGACUGGACUCAAACUAAAGAGGCAGUAGCCAACUUUAGACAACUGCUACUUUGCUCGAAAUGCUCCAGGUUGGUGACAGAGCCGGUGUGCCUCGGAGUGUGUGAGCACAUGCUUUGCAGAUCCUGUGCUGGCCCUCGGGCAGGUGAUGGUUGUGUGGUGUGUCAGAGUCCUGCCUGGGUGAAGGACCUGCAGAUCAACAGACAUCUUAGCAACAUCACACAGCUCUUCUGCAGCUUAGAGUCCCUGCUCAGCCCGACAGUUACCACAGAGCAAGCCCCUUCUCCUUUACAAGCAAAUCCCGGGUACGAAAAAAUCCUGAAGCACCAGCAGAACUUUAAGAUCUGGUUCAGUCCUCGGAGCCGCAAGGUCCGCUGCAGGGUGCAGAAGCCCUCCCCCAAUGACGGCCCGCCAAGCAAGGCACCCAGCCCAGAGACCACCCCUCAAAACCCUGACGCCAGCAGGGUGGAAUCCACGGACCUCUCCAUCUUCGACUUCAUCUCCUCUCAAGACUCGGGCUCUGGCUCCUCUUGCCCACAAACCCGGGACGAUGCGAGGAAAACCAGGAAGCGGCCAACUAAAAGUGGCACACACAGGAAGCGGGCGGUGGCGGCCGUGCGACUGACGCGCAAGCAGAGCAAAGGGAAACUGAAGGUGCAGAGACUGGAGACCAUCAACCAGCAGUGGGAAAUUGGUACAGAGGGAGGAGGGUCGGCACAUGCCGGCAGACCUGAGCGGAGUCCUAGGCGGUCCAGUAAAAGAGUGUCCUUCCUGAGCCUGGCCGGGUCUCAAACUCCCGGUAAAGCAGUGCCCCGACUAGAGAACCCCGUCUUGGUGAGCGGGAGCAUUGAGGGCGUCCCACAGGGCCGCCGUGAAGCUGCAGGGAUCCCUCCUGUUCUGGCCCAAGUCCCAGUCCAGCCGUCAUCUAGCACACUGCCCGAGCCCACGGAGCCUACCAGACGGGACAGUGUCCCUUCCCCUCAGAUUACCCCAAAGAGACCCAGAUCUGAGGCAUGCGACCCCCCAGAGGGCACCCCGAAGAGACCCCGGACCUCGCCCGGCCCUCGCAGCAAGAGGCUGACCGGGGGUUGUGGAAGUCCAGCACUCCUUACUACCCCUCCAUCGCUGGGGAGGUUAAUGUUUGGGAAGAGCCCCCACAGAUCCAGGGAAGGGCAGGGAGAGAGUCCAGGCUCCAUCGGGAGGAGGUCUCCCGCCCGCACACCGGUCGGCAGCCACUCCCUCCAGGCCAGUCCCACGGUCAUGAAGAGGAACCACAAGGGGGAGACUCCCUUGCAUCUAGCAGCUAUAAAGGGAGAUGUAGAGGCUGCCAAAGAGCUACUUGACCAAGGGGCAGACCCGAACCUGAAAGAUCAUGCUGGUUGGACCCCUCUGCACGAGGCGUGCAACCUGGGCUACCUGUCGCUGGUGGAGGUGCUGCUGGCCCGCGGGGCUCUGCUCAACACGCCGGGCUACGAGAACGACUCGCCGCUGCACGACGCCACCAGGAACGGACACUCGGCCGUCGCCAGGCUGCUGCUGCAGCACGGCGCCUCGCAGAGCGUGCUUAAUCUUUAUGGGAAGCGGCCGGCGGACUACGCCGUGAGCCUGGAGAUGCGCGAGGUAUUCAGGUCCAGCCCUGUCGCCCCCCAGCCAAGCGACCGCUUGCUGGUCGGCUCUCCCUCCAACCUGGCUAUGAUCAAUUCCAAUGGGAAACGGGACGAGCAGAUGAUUGUGUUGGACAGUAAGCUUUCCAAAACCCAGCAGAAGCAGCUGGCCAAACUUGCCCAGCUGCUGGGAAUGAAACGAGUUGAAACCUUUUCAGGCUCAGUGAGCCAUGUGGUGGUCCCAGAUGGUACUGCACCCACCACCCUCUCCAGUCUCCAGGGAGUUCUUGCUGGCUGUUGGGUUCUAGGAUACAGCUUUCUGUGCUGAGAGGAUGUGUACUGUGGACAAUUUGUGACGGUGAGUCACCACAUCCCACUCCCUCCUCGGAUUCAAGUCGUAUGGGACAUCUCUCGGACACCUUGCCCACAAUGACAAUGCAGUGAGCUGCAGUGCAAAGCCAUGCCUCUGCAGGAGAGAUCUGUCCCUAAACUAACACGUCCAAUUGCUGCAUGUUGUUGACUGUGGACAUCAGAAAGAUAACGUCAUCCUACGCAAUACUAAUAUACUGUACAUUAUGGUUCACUUUGUCUGCUGCAAUAUUUUUCUCCUGUUGUUUGGCCGGUUUUUUGGGGGACGCCUAGUUAUUCCUUUUUCCUACUUUGCAGGGGUAUUUUAUAUUCCAAAAUAGAGAUUUCACACCUCACCAAAGCGAAUGAAGACAUUUGAUUAAUUUGAUUUCACCUUGUGAAUGAGAACGUUUUCAAAAGUAAACAUUUGCUAUGAAACCCAUCCUGAAGAUGAACCAACCAAGUUUUUUUUUAUCUGAUCUUCCCCCUAGCUUAGGGAGUAAGUGGGUGUUUAUAGUUAAAUAUCAAUGAAAACCAUAAAAGAUUGCCUUUUAUUCACAAUAGGUAAAUAAUUGACUGCUUUCAAAAUAAAACAUUUGCAAUGAAACCCAUGCUUGAGCUGAAACCUCCAAGCCUUUCGUUUCGUCGUCACCCAGUGAGUUAGUGAGUGUUUAUAGAGAAAUGAAAAUGAAUGCAUCAAAGAUUGGUUUAAUUCACAUCAGGUAAAUAAUUGCACCAUUCUCACCAAUAUGGAGAGUAAAUCAGCAUCUUCGAGGUGACUGAUGAGUUAAAUAACAAUGUAAGCGAGUAAAGGUUUUCUCCUAUAUAUUUAGGGUCCCUGCUCUAAUUCUGUUUGCUGAAAAGCACUGCAACUUCUCCGGCAACAGCCAUUAAUAACGCUAAUGAUUUGGUCUUGAACCCAUCUGGGGAAGUGACCCACAUGAGUAGUGUUUUUUAAACGCACAUUCAUUUCAGAAAUUCUGAAGAACAUUGGCCAGCAUUACAUUGGUUGAUCAUUCAUUAUUUAUCAACCAUAUAAAUUUGAAUAACACCCUCCCAUGCAAUUUUUUUUUUUUGUUUAAUAGUUCAAUAAUGAGGCAGGGGCGCAUGAAAUACUGCCAUCUAACCAGGCCGAUAAAGGCAGCUCAACAGUUGAUUCCUUGCUUUAAUCAUUUUAAUUCUAUCAUUAGGUAGAUUUACAAUGGUUUUUCAUCGCAGCCAUUGCAAGAAGGUUCAAGCUGUUUUUGCCUUCCAUCAUUAUAGAAGCUUUUAUCCCCAGCGGCUUCCAGCAAACCUUUAGUUUAAAUGCUACGAUUUGUUCUCAUUGUGUAUUUUAUGUCCUAUUGCACUCUGCCGUCCCUGCAGUGGGGGGGGUCUCGGUGUGUUUCUUAACCCACUGGGUUCAGGGAGUCUUUUCUAUGUAUAUGUGAGGCAUUCAGGUUAGGUGGUACCAUCAAGUAUGAAACCCAUUGACACCGUUGCUGUGUGUGAAGGCAGACUACAGA